CUGGUGUACUUUCGUUGAAAUGCAGACUGUAUAAUAAUGAGGGUACCUUAUAUAUAGAUCCUGCUACACAGAUUAUUUUCCAUAUAUUUACUGGCAGUUGUUUGACUGGUUGUAUCACGUCGUGCAGCGUUGUGCUACUUCCAGAAUACUCAUACUACACAAUACUGAAUAAAGAUAUUCUUUCCAAAAAAAAGAGGAGACUUGUAAUUUGUGGAAGCAAUUCAGUCAAGAGUUACGAAGAAUUUUAUCGGACCUUUAAUAUCCGUGCUGAGAUCUUUCUAUAGGAUUUAACUGAGGUUGACUUGAAGACAUUCUUCAUCAUGUUAAAGAAAAUAUGGAUUCUUGCCGUGUUCGCCCUCGUCUUCGUCACCCUUGUUCAGGCGAAUGAUGACGACAAAGACGACGAUGUCGAUUUCACUGAUGUAUGUCCUGUAGAAGAUAUCGAGGAGGAAGUAGAAGAGAAAACGUGUGUUGCUCCAGGCCACCCAUGUGACUCCAACCCUUGUCAAAAUGGAGGGACAUGCUAUGAGAAGUUUGGUGCCCUAAGCUAUUACAGAUGUUUUUGUACUACACAGUGGAUUGGACGACAUUGUGAGACGGUUUCAACUAAACCCAAACCAGUCAGAGCUCAGUAUCCAGGACGCUACAUACCGUGUCACGCUAACAAAUUCAACCGGGAUGGAAUAUGUUUUGACGAUCUAUACGACUUUUAGCUACAUAAGAAAGGCGUUGUGCGGAUGUGGCCAUGCCUACGGUGACCAUGCCUACCCGGACAUGUUUGGAUAAUGCAUCAGACAGGAAUCAAUAUAGAAGCCCAAAAAAAGACAUGAUGAAUAUAGAUCCCGAAUCUCACUUAUAUUAUUAUUGUUGGUCCGUAUUCUAUUAAUUCCUUUAAUUGAUAGGAUUGCAUGGUGUGGUACAAUAGUGAGGAAAACUGAACGGGUACACCAUACAAGCAUCCCUUUAAGCCUUCUUCUCUAAUUCCUUUAAAUCCAACCCUGGGUCUAAAAUCACCUUUAACAAAAGGAAGCUUAGACCUCGGACUAACUUUGUUUGUUAAUCCCGAUUUAUUUUUCACUGGUAAAAGAUUACAAAACAAAUUACAAAUAUAAAGAAUCCUAAUCUCAUCGAGACAAGAAGACAAGAUCGACUCACAUCUUCUUGUAUUCUUGUUUCAGUUGGAAGCUUGGUGGAGAGGUUUCAUGGAUUAUGUUCAAUUCAAUUCAAUUCAUUUAUUUUCAUUCUCCAUAAAAAAACAUUAAAACAUACAAACAUGAUAUUCACAUAAAGAUCGAUAACAGAGAAAAAUACAAAGGGAAGGAACAAACAAAAUUUUAUGGGAAUGUGGGGUUAACAAAAAGGGCAAUUAGCCUCAUGAACGUCAACCACUUUUGCUUUUGAACUUUUUUAAGACGACUUGACGAGGUCCAAACAAUUUUGUCUUCUCGCUGAAGAAGAUGAUGAUCCAUAUCGGCGGCUGUCUGCAAGAACUUGGCCAUGAGAGCAUAUUGUGUAUAGCAGUUACGACCUUCUUGAGGGAAGACAUUACAAGUGUAUCGAUCUUUUUAUCCUAUCCUGUUACCGGCACUGCAAGAAGGUGAUUCGACAACAAACUACUUGACAAAGUUUUUUAACUUUGAAAAUGCCGUCUUUCAUACUGAUUCUAGAUAAUUAUGUCGCCUAUCAACAGAUGUCAUUUGAUCUUGAUUUUACCCGUGUUUUUAUUUAAUUUCCCGUGUUCAGUGAAUUAAUUGCCAGAGAGACAAAUUAUUAUUAGCUGUAUCUUUCGUUCGAAGUUAUCAUUAUUUUUUUGAGGAGAUAUCGUUUAACCUCAGUCACAUCAACUAGACCGACACCAGAGCAACCCAACAUAAUGAUAUUCCCAAGUUACGAUUAAUGUGAAUUUGUUCAACGUUACUAAUAAACAAAAACAAAAAGAA